AUGGCCUCGACCUCUAGAAUACUUUCCUCCUCCAGAUCGCAAUUCAGCCCACCGCUAUCUGUGGCUGCACGCACGGCGCAGGACCUCUCACGAUGCAGCCGAACAUUCUCUACGAUACCCGCCAGACAAGAUUGGCUCACCCCCAAGAGACCUGAGAAGAGGAAGUCAAUGGUAGGCAGGCCCCGCAUGCCAACCGGCGGAUCAAUGCGCGGAACUACUGUCGUAUGGGGGGAUUAUGGCCUGCGUAUGAGAGACCACGAUCGAAGAGUUUCGGCAAAACAACUGCGCACUGGCGAGCAGACCAUACACCAGAGAUUACGAGGUGAACGGUAUAAGCUGUACAAACGAGUCAGCGCGAACAUUGGUGUCUACACAAAAGGCAACGACGUGCGUAUGGGUAAGGGAAAGGGCAAAUUCGACUAUUGGGCAGCUCGAAUUCCUGUCAGCAGGAUCGUGUUCGAGCUCAAGGGGAAUCUUCACGAACAGGUCGUACGAGACGCUUUUCGAUUGGCGGGAAACAAACUGCCAGGGUUAUACGAAUUUGUCAAGAAGGGCGAUCCACCUGUGGUUGGAAUCACGAAGUUGGGCAAGGGAGUAACGCUCGAGUCUCUGAAAGAAGCCAAGAGACCAGUCGAACCAAAGGACAAGGUGCCAGAACAAGCUAUUACUCCUCCUAUGUCGGAGGGACCUCCUCAGUCAAUUUCUACCGACUUCGACAAGCCGCCGACGACUGUUCAUGUCUCGCCAUAA